AAUCAAAGCAAGACCAUCCCUCCCGCUCAUAAAACCUCUCCUCUUCACAUCCUCCAAUUACCACCUUCCCACCUCUCUCUCUAUCUCUAUCUCUAUCUCUAUCUCUUUGUCUUCGAAAAUGGCAAACCAAAGCAUAGGAGAAGAGCAGGAAGCGCUCUUCCAGUCCUCUCCAUGCGCCCUCUACUACGUUCAGAGCCCCUCCACUGCCUCCCAUGCCAACAGCCACCCUUCAGAGUCUGCCCUCCUCUCUCCCUUCACAAAUGAGACCUUUGACAAUAACCAAUCCCGCGAGGCCUCCCGCUUCACCCUCUCCCGCUACUCCUCCUCCCGGGGCUCCAACAACUCCUUCCUUCAUGAAAAAAAGAUGGCAUACGACCUCCAGAGCAAUGACAGCCGCUUUAAAAGUGGUGGCUGCCAACGUCUUAAGAUCAUUACCGGCAAUGAGGAUGAUGGGGGUGAUGGUACUAGAAGGAAAAAUGGGCUUUGGAGGUUUGUGUCUUUGGACCCUUCUUCAUCCUUCUUCUGCGUCACUUUCCAGGUGAUUUGGAGGCUUCUUCUCAGCAUGGGGCUCGCGCUGCUUGUGUUCUACUUGGCGACGAAGCCCCCGGCCCCAAAGGUUUCCUUCAAGAUAACGGCAGUCAAACAAUUUCACCUUGGAGAAGGGCUGGAUAACACAGGAGUGGUGACAAAAAUCUUAACUUGCAAUUGCUCCAUGGAUAUGGAGGUAGACAAUUAUUCCAAGGUCUUUGGUUUGUACAGCCACCCACCAACCAUGCAAAUGGCUUUCGGACGCUUCAAAUUCGCAAGCUCUCAGGGUGAGGAAUCAUAUGUCGACAGCAAAAGUUCUUUAACAUUAAGGCAGUACGUAGGUGCAAAGAACAAGCCAAUGUAUGGAGCUGGGAGGGGCAUGCAAGAUAUGCUGGAGUCUGGUAGGGGCUUGCCUUUAGUGGUUAGAGUGAAGUCAAGAUCUAGUUAUCAUGUGGUCUGGAACCUAGUAAGACCAAGGUAUCAUCACCAUGCAGAGUGUCUCCUGAUCCUUGAAGGUUCAUAUGAUGAGCAACAUCAUACUCAGAGAUACAAUAGUACUUGCACCUUCUCCACUUCUCAUGCAUGACAAGCAUGGCAUACUCCAAUUCCUAUUGUGUAUAGAGGCUUUGCUUCAACUUUUUGGUUCAUGGUUGAUAUAUAGAUAUACCAAAUUAUCAGGUGUUGCAAGUAACAAUAUGUUUCUCUGUAAUGAGGGGACUUGUGCAUGCAUUGCUUGUAUCUGCAUGUCAGCAAAAGUGAAUGAGCAUUGCCCCCAUGGUCAGACCCCUUUGCCCUGCAAGGGGAUGUUCCAAGUUCAAAGUCUUCAGUGGUGCAUUUGAAAGUACAUGGAUCUGGAUACUUAUAUCCAUUCUUUUGUUUUAAA